GAGGUUCCGCCCUGGUGUCCGGUUCGCCGUCGUGACGUCACUUGCUGGACUGGACGGGGCGGGGGGCGCGCGCACACACCGCGGCCAGCGGCGACUUUUUCCUUUUUAUUUUUCAUCAUCUUCUCCUUAAAAACACCCUCAUUGUCCCCGAAACACGCCGAGCGAGAUUCCCGGCGGCUGAGGAGCUCCGUCAUCGACGGGAUUGCGGGUGAUCGGGCGCGCGCGGCCUCCGCCGAAAACUUUCUCAGCGGCGCUCGUGACCGCGGCUAACGGACACCGGCGGCUCCGGACAUCACGAGAAAAGGAUCCGGCAGUCACUCGCCCGGAUAACGGAGAAAUAACGACAAAUACGGUCAAAGGCUGCGUGUAAAUAUAAAUAGAGUGUAAGUCGGUGAGCCGGAGCGCCCCCGCAGGAGUCCGCCGGUAAACUCCCGGUAAACACCGGAGACAUCCGCUCUCCGUGAAGGAUGGCCGCCUCAGUGAAGGUAGCAGUGAGAGUUCGGCCCUUCAACUCCCGCGAAACCAGCCGAGAUGCUAAAUGUGUCAUACAGAUGCAGGGAAGCUCCACCUGCAUCUGGAAUCCCAAGCAGCCCAAAGAACCAGCCAAGAACUUCAGCUUCGACUAUUCGUACUGGUCUCACAGCACGGAGGACGACCCAGCGUUCACAUCCCAGCGGCAGGUGUAUCUCGACAUCGGCGAGGAGAUGCUGCUUCACGCCUUCGAAGGCUACAACGUCUGUAUAUUCGCCUACGGUCAGACCGGAGCCGGAAAAUCCUACACCAUGAUGGGAAAACAAGAGCCUGGACAACAAGGCAUCAUUCCACAGAUGUGUGAGGAUCUGUUCAAGCGCACCAGUGAGAACACGGAUCCGGAUCUGUCCUUCUCUGUAGAGGUGUCCUACAUGGAGAUCUACUGCGAGCGCGUGCGGGAUCUGCUGAACCCCAAGAGUAAAGGAGCGCUGCGGGUGCGAGAGCAUCCCAUCAUGGGGCCGUACGUCGAGGAUCUGUCCAAACUCGCCGUCACCUCCUACGCUGACAUCAGUGACCUCAUGGACGCGGGGAACAAGGCCCGGACGGUGGCAGCCACCAACAUGAACGAGACCAGCAGCCGAUCACACGCCGUCUUCACCAUCGUCUUCACUCAGCGCCGCCGAGAUCAGCUGACCAGCCUCGACACAGAGAAGGUCAGUAAGGUGAGUCUGGUGGAUCUGGCGGGCAGUGAGCGAGCGGAUUCAUCCGGAGCCAAAGGCGUGAGAUUAAAGGAGGGUGCUAAUAUCAAUAAAUCUCUCACCACGCUGGGGAAGGUCAUCUCCGCUCUGGCUGAAAUGCAAAACAGCAAAAGAAGGAAGAGUGAGUUCAUCCCGUACAGAGACUCAGUGCUCACCUGGAUACUGAAGGAGAACCUGGGUGGUAAUUCUCGUACAGCUAUGAUCGCUGCUCUCAGUCCUGCAGAUAUUAAUUAUGAGGAAACACUCAGCACUCUCAGAUAUGCUGACCGUGCGAAGCAGAUCCGCUGUAACGCUGUAAUUAACGAGGAUCCAAACGCUCGUCUGAUCAGAGAACUGAAGGAGGAAGUGAACCGACUCCGAGAUCUGCUGCUGUCACAAGGACUGAGCCGGCUGAUCACUGCUCCAGCUGCUGAAGUCAAUAACAACCGUGUGGGCGUCAAUCUAAUGCCUGCUGACCCCGCCUCCAAUGGAGCUCCACCCACAUCUGCACCCGCCCUGGGAGAAGGCCCCGCCUCUGAGAGUGACCACGCCUCUCUGGAUGGCCACGGCCAAUUAGAAGAGUUUCAGGGCGAGAUGAUUACCAAUGAGGAGGCAGUGGAGAGACUGAAGGAAACAGAGAAGAUCAUGGCUGAGCUGAAUGAGACGUGGGAGGAGAAGCUGAGGAAGACCGAGUCGAUCCGACUGGAGAGGGAGACGAUUCUGGCUGAGAUGGGAGUGUCCAUUAAAGAGGAUGGAGGAACUGUUGGAGUGUUUUCACCUAAAGGGACUCCUCACCUGGUGAAUCUGAACGAGGAUCCGUUGAUGUCUGAGUGUCUGCUGUACUACAUCAAAGAGGGUGUGACCAGGGUUGGUCAGAAGGAUGUGGACAUCAAGCUCAGUGGUCAGUUUAUCAAAGAGCAGCACUGUGUGUUUUACAGCUACAUCAACCAGAAUGGAGAAGUGGCUGUGACUCUGGAGCCGCUGGAAGGAGCGGAGACGUACGUGAACGGGAAGCAGAUCACCGAGUGUGUGCUGCUCAAACAGGGCAACCGCAUCGUGAUGGGCAAGAACCACGUGUUCCGGUUCAACCACCCGGAGCAGGCGCGUCUGGAGCGUGAGCGCAGCAGCUGUGUGGAGCAGCAGGGAGAGCCGGCCGACUGGAACUACGCUCAGAGAGAGCUGCUGGAGAAACAGGGCAUCGACAUCAAGCUGGAGAUGGAGAGGAGGCUGCAGGACGUGGAGAUUCAGUAUCGGAGAGAGAAAGAGGAAGCAGAUCUACUGCUGGAGCAACAGAGACUGUACGCAGAUUCAGACAGCGGAGAUGAUUCUGACAAGCGCUCUUGUGAAGAGAGCUGGAGACUCAUUUCAUCCCUGAGAGAGAAACUACCAGCUAACAAGGUUCAGUCCAUAGUGAAGCGCUGUGGUUUACCCAGCAGUGGCAAACGGCGCGAGCCUCUCCGAGUCUAUCAGAUCCCGCAGCGCAGACGCAUCAGCAAAGACCCCGAGCAGGUGACCAUGAGCGACCUGAAGCUGCAGGCGGUGAAGGAGAUCUGCUACGAGGUGGCGCUCGGAGACUUCAGGCACUCGAGGCGCGAGAUGGAGGCGCUAGCCAUCGUCAAGAUGAAGGAGCUCUGCCGCAUGUACAACAAACGAGACGCGGCCGAGAAGGACACGUGGAGGGAGGUGGCACAGGACGUGUGGGACACGGUAGGCAUCGCAGACGAGCGCUCGCUGGAGACCACAGACGGAGAGAGCGGCUCAGCGGACGGAGAGAGCGGCAGAUCCGGCGUCUACAACCUGAAAGCACACAUCGACAAACUGACAGAUAUUCUACAAGAGGUUAAAGAGCAGAACAACAUGAAGGACGAGGAGAUCAAAGCCCUCAGAGACCGCAUGAUGAAGAUGGAGAGCAUCAUCCCAGCAGUGCAACAGGAUAAUGAUGAUGAAUCAGAGGAACUGCUUGCAUAUGGCGAUCAGGGGCGGGGCGAUGAGCAGGAUGGGUGUGGCCCUCUGGAGCUCCUCCCCAAACAGGAGCGAGUGUCACGGCUGAUGGAAGAAGACCCCGCCUUCCGGAGGGGCCGCCUGCGCUGGCUCAAACAGGAGCAGCUGCGUCUGCAAAACCUGCAACAGCAGCAGAUCACCAAGCGUCUGCGCAGAGUGGGUGGAGCCGGGGGCGGGGCUGGGGCUGGGGCUGGGGAGGGCGUGGUCCACCUUCCUGGAACAGGACGCUUCAUUCCCCCUCAGGACUGCAAGCUGAAAUUCCCCUUUAAGAGCAACCCGCAGCACCGGCUCUCCUGGGGCCCGAAUGUGUCUGUCACAGUGGACGACCUCAAGGACGAGCGCAGCGAGGGGCGAGGCCCCCCCCCCGGCGUGCCUUUACUUCCUCUACCGUUCCAAGUGCCGGUCGUCAUGCGCGCGCCCUCCCCCAGUCGCCCUUGGCAACCUCGCCAAUACAGCAACGGUAACUUUGGCAACGGCAAUCAGUUUCCUCAGCAACAGUGGCACUACAGGCGCAACUCACUGGACAGCAGCACCAUGCCUGGCAACCAGAGUUAUUACAGCAACGGGCACCACAACAAUAACGGCUCACAGCAGUCAAACCGCGGUCGCUAUCGGCGACAGUCGCCGGGCCCUUGCACACGUGGGGAGGGGGCGUACACACCAAUGUACGUCAAUCAUCAGCGGCCCGCCUUCCAGACCUACCAGACUCUACCGCACACACUCAUGGAUCAACAGCACGGCAAAUACCAAAAACCGCAGGGCUACGUCACCCCGCCGCGCAUGAGACGCCAGUACAGCGCCCCCGACCUGAAAAGCAAAGAAACGCCCAUCUGAUGUGUGCAUGACCGCUGUUUUACCGCCGUUCACUUAUGAUGUCAUGAAUACAAGCCGAGUUGUUUUGAUGGGUUAGUCUCGUGUAGGCAGACUAUCAGUAGAAAGAGUUCAUUCUGGCCCACUUUAGACAGGAAGAGAGUGUUUGAGUGACAGGUAAGACCCGUUCGCUAUGAGAACAAUUACUAUGAUGAUGGUUUUAUAUUCAUUUUUAAAGGAGCGCUCACAUUUACUGUAGUUCUGCAAAUUUUUGCCAAGCUGUUUUGAUAGGAAUCUACACAAUUGGGUUAUAGUUAUCUUUCUUGUUGUGAACCGGCCUUCAGACUCUUUACCCUCCAAUCAGAUUAGAGCUUGUGAUUUUUGGAAAGCUCUCAUUAUUUUAAGUGCAGUACUCAUAUUCUGUAUGGGUGGUCCGAGACUACUUAACCCAAACUGACCCAAACUCCGUUAAUGCACCAUGUCACUACUCCGUCUGUGUGUGUUUUUGCUGUUCAGGAUCACAUACCUCUCCGCAAUGACUCAGCCUGGGACUAGUUUUGCAUUAGUUAGGGUGUUUGUAUGUUCAGCCUCAAUGUGCCUUAUUCAAAUGCCAAUAACCUCAGAGAUCACUGAAGGAAAUGCCAUGGGAGUGUGUGAGUGUGUGUGUGUGACGCUGAUGAUUUACUGUGUGAGAGAUCUGAGAUGCAGGAGGAAGUUUUGAUGCCUGAUUCAUGGAUAUGAUUCUUUUGAACCAGUUCUUGAUAAUGAUUCAUUCACCUGAUUCACAACAGAGCAACUCAAAACAACUUAAAGGAAGGUUUCAGUUCAGAUGCUGUUCAUCACCAGCGAGAAUCAUUUGACUCACCCUUCAGAAUAUAAUUGUAUUUUAGUCUUUCAGCUUUUUUUUUCAUUGUAUUGCGGUAAUGGUCUUUAGUGUAUUAAACUGAGCCAGAUGAUAACAACUGAAUGACUUAAAUCAAGAACCAGUUCAUUGAAAUCAGCCGAAUUAAAUAAUUCACUGAAAUGAUUCAGACUAGAGGAGAGAAAUCAGAAACACAAAAGUGUUUACGCAAAUGACAGACAGCUGUCAAUCACUGAUGAUGAUGAUGGUGGUGAAGGUUAUGUGGAGAGUUCAAAGGUCAAUGUAAUGGACAUGUGGAAUAAAGAUGCAAGUUGUGUGAGUUUUAGAGUUGAUGUAGGGUUUUUUAAGUUGUGAGUAAACAUGCUGAUGAUGGAUGUUUUAAACUUAAUCAGAUGGCAGAAAUAUUUUGACUAUUUAUUGGGGAUAUGAUUCCUGUGCCUUUGUGCCACAGAGAGUCGUUUGAUCCAGUUCAACAUUAUUUUUGAGUGGCAGAUUUAAAUCAGUCCUGCUUGCGUGAGGCUGCAGUGGUGUGUCAUGCUAGAUGCUCAGAAUCUCAACAGAGAAUCGCACUGGACACUCCCGUUGCAGAAUCUCAUUGGAGAAUUUCACUAGAGAUUCUUAAGAAGAUUCCAACCAGAGAUUCCUACUGGAGAAUCUCUCUCUGAAGAGUCUCAACUGAGAUUCCCACUGGAGAUUCUUAAGAAGAGUCUCAUUGGAGAUUCCCACUGGAGAUUCUUAAGAAGAGUCUCACUGGAGAUUCCCACUGGAGAAUCUUAAGAAGAGUCUCACCGGAGAUUCCCACUAGAAAUUCUUAAGAAGAGUCUCACCGGAGAUUCCCACUGGAGAAUCUCUCUCUGAAGAGUCUCACCGAAGAUUCCCACUGGAGAAUCUCUCAGAAGAGUCUCACCGGAGAUUCCCACUGGAGAAUCUCUCUCAGAAGAGUCUUACCGGAGAUUCCCACUGGAGAUUCUUAAGAAGAGUCUCACCGGAGAUUCCCACUGGAGAAUCUCUCUCAGAAGAGUCUCACUGGAGAUUCCCACUGGAGAAUCUCUCUCAGAAGAGUCUCACUGGAGAUUCCCACUGGAGAAUCUCUCUCAGAAGAGUCUGACUGGAGAUUCCCACUGGAGAUUCUUAAGAAGAGUCUGACUGGAGAUUCCCACUGGAGAAUCUUAAGAAGAGUCUCACCGGAGAUUCCCACUAGAAAUUCUUAAGAAGAGUCUCACCGGAGAUUCCCACUAGAAAUUCUUAAGAAGAGUCUCAAUGGAGAUUCCCACUGGAGAAUCUCUCUCUGAAUAGUCUCACCGGAGAUUCCCACUGGAGAUUCUUAAGAAGAGUCUUGACUGGAGAUUCCCACUAGAGAUUCUUAAGAAGAGUCUCACCGGAGAUUCCCACUGGAGAGCCUCACCAGAAAUUUUCAUUGGAGAUUCCCACUGCAUCCCGUCAGACAGAGAAAAUGCUUGAAUGUUCAGAGACACACGGGAGGCUGUUCUUGAGUUCUGCUUCAUCAUGGUAUCUGUGUGGCAGGUGGGCAGAGUUAUUACAGUGAGACAUGACAUCACUCAACUAGCACAGGAGCUUUUCUGACUGUGACUUUUAACACUUCUGGACAAUCAGCUGAUUAUGUUUUGAUGAUGAAGACGAUGUCUUUUAUUUACACUUGCAGACUAUUUCCUGCCGUAAUAUGACGUUUGUUUGGUUUCAUUUGCCUUUUUCAGUUUGAUUAUGAUUUCAUUGAGUAAUUUGUGUUUGUGCGGUUAUGUAUGUGUGCGAGGAAUCCGCUGAGUUCAUUUGCACAAACACACACGUGCACUGUUCACUCUGUGUGUGUGUUUUGUUUGAGGUUGACAUUGAUGUUGUUUCCAACAUGAUGAACCUCAAGUGUCUCACUGGACACAAGCUGCCACUUCUGUUUCUGCGCUUCUGUUUGUUUUAUUCUGGGUUUUGAGUUAUUUUUGAGUUUUAAAAUGGUUAAAAAUUGCAAAAUGUCAAUAAAGGACAAUGUAUAAAAA